AUGCUCUUCACUAAGACUACCGUUUUGGCCGCUCUCAUCGCGGCCGUCAAUGCCCACAUGAUGAUGUCGUCCCCAUCCCCCUUCGACCCUGCCGCCCUCGACAAUUUUCCACUCGACCCAAAAGGAAUCGACUUCCCCUGCAAAAUCGGCCAUAAAGGUUACACUCUCACUGGAGGAACCACGAAUAACUACGAGCUUGGGUCUUCGCAGACUCUGUCUUUCGUUGGGACUGCGGUUCAUGGUGGAGGCAGUUGCCAAGUGGUGUUGACCUACGAUAACCCUCCGACCAAGGACAGCAAGUGGAAAGUUAUCCACUCUAUCGAGGGAGGCUGCCCUGCCAAGAAUCAAAUCGGUAACCUACCGGGUGACAGUGCCGCUGCCGCGGACCCUUACACGUACCCUUACACCAUCCCGACAGACAUCCCUGCGGGAAAAGGAACCAUUGCCUUCACGUGGUUCAACCGCGUCGGUAACCGCGAAAUGUACAUGAACUGCGGAGCUCUGGAGCUUACUGGAACUGGCGGCGACGAGGCCAACUUUGACAAGCUCCCCGACAUGGUCAUCUUCAACAUCGCCCCCUACCCGAUUCUCCCAGAGACCACAGAGGACAACAACAUGGUCUUCGCUGAUCCCGGUGACUCCGUCGAGAACAACCUCGCCAUCGGCGGCUUUGGAAGCUACACCACGGGUGGCAGUGGCGGCGCCAGCGCUGCGCCGGCCGCACCAAGCUCAACGGCUGACGCUGGCGGCGCCGGCGGUGUCUUCAUUACCGUUCCCGUCGGCGGCGACACCAGUGCCGCUCCUGCUGCGACCGCUACCGCUACCACUCCUUCCACUGCUCAAGUGCCCGCCACCACCCUUGCGACGACGACUUCGGCCGCCGCCGUCGCCUCGCCCGCCAGCGGUUCCGGUUCCAGCUCAGGAUCCACGUCGGGCGCUCUCUCCGGCGCCUGCACCUCCGAAGGCAUGUUCAACUGCAUCGGCGGCAGCAGCUUCCAGCAGUGCGCGAGCGGAACAUGGUCCGCAGUCAUCGCCAUGGCACCCGGAACCAAGUGCACCGAAGGCCAGUCCGCCAACAUGGCUAUUGCCGCCGCCAAGAAGGUCCGUGCCUUCCAGGCAUAA